AUGACACCAGACGAACUACGGACUGAGGACGUGAAUAUGGACCUUGAACUCGUCGACGAUCCCAAUCCUUCCACCUCUUCGACCACCGACGCUACUACCGCCAACGUGCCUGUAGACGACGGACCCAGCCAUCUCUCGUAUCCGACUUAUGAAUUUGGCGAGCCGGGGAGUUUGGAGAGGCAGGAGCGGGAAUGGGACGUGCGGGAACGAGAGAGGGAUCGGGCGAGAGAACGAGAGAAGGAGAGAGAGAAGAGUGUGUUGAAGGAGCGGUUGUAUAUUGGGAAUUUGCAUCCUUCUGUUGAUGAGUGCGUCCUUCUCUUUAUCUCAAUGGUCGCCUUGUUGGAAUGGUUGGCUAACGGUGCUGGGUGGAUUAGGUAUGCACUGCUACAUGUGUUCUCCAAGUUCGGCAAAGUCACCAAGUUGGAUUUCUUGUUUCAUAAGAGUGGGCCGUUGAAAGGGAAGCCGAGGGGGUAUGCGUUUGUGGAGUAUGGUGUUCCUGAGGAAGCAGCGAAGGCACUCUCGAUCGCACACGGCAAGUUACUCAGAGGACGCAAACUUGUAGUCACGUUUGCGCAUCAGGCGCCUUUGGAGAGUUAUCCUGGUGGGAGUGGUGGGGGUAUUAGUUCGAAGUUUAGAAGACCGGUGAUGGAAACUGGACGGCCUACUACGUUGAGUAUUAUCAAGACUGGGCUUGGGGGUGGAAGGCAUGAGCCAAAAACAGCAGACAAGAUCGCACUUAUGGAAGCUAAACUGCGGCAACUGGAAGCUUCCCAUCCAGCCUCUACGUCCUCGAAUUCUUUGAAUACGGCGACAACGGCGACAACGACUACAGCUACAGCUAUGACGACGAAGAGCAGUUUACCGCAUCACCCCUCGCUCCCGGCUAAACCCCCUCCACCGCUCCCGAGUCAUAUCUUGGAUGCCUUGCAUGCUACUAGUAGUAGUAGUACCAGUCGGAGUAAUUCUGGUUCUGGUUCCUCUGGUGGAGGAAUGUCAGGUACGAACCAGAGGAACGCGACUCCGAGGGGCGGGAGUUUGCAGAGUGGGAUUGGGAUGGGGAACGGGCCUUCACCGAGGACUGGAAUGGGAAUGGGAAUCAGAGCAGGGACAACCCCCGGGCAAGGUGGCAGACAGAAGACGGUGUUGCCUUCGUUGCCGCUUUCGAGGCCUUCGUCUACCGGUGGUGGUAGUGGUGCGGUUGGGGUGGCAGGGAAGUUGCCGGGUGGGUUGGGAGGGGCGUCUGGAAAGGCGGGUAUGGGUACCGGAGCUACGGGAGGAGGAGCAGGGGUGAAGCUUGGAAAGACAAAGUUGGCGGGUGUGGUUAUUAAACCCAAGAAAGCGAAGGUGCAGGAUAAGAAGGUGGAGGGGGAUGUGACUGGGACGAAGGAGAAGAAGGAGGGGGACGUGACUGGGAUGAAGGACAAGGAUGCGGAAAGGGAAGGGAAAGCAGGAGUGGAGAAGAUGAAUGUUGAUGGUUCUGUUGAGAAGAAAGUUGAAUAA